CAGUAACCUUUACCAACCGUAUGAUCGAAGUGAAGAUAAUGAAACUUCAGACAAUAAUAGUGAAACCAGCAAUGAUUAUCCUUCAGAAAAUGAAAAGGAAUACGAUCAAUCGAGGAAUGAAGAUUUAGAUCUAAGUGAUGAAGAGGAAUACAAUGAAUCGUAUAUUGAUGAUCGGGAACAUGAGCAAGAACAUGAAGAGUAUGAUAGACGUAACGAUAUUGAUCAAAAUCAACCAUUGUACCAUGGUGCUGAGAUAACUGUUGGGGCAAGCAUGUUGAUAAUUUUAAGUCUUCUUUUACAUCAUAAUUUAACAAUGACAUGCAUAGAGGAUAUCAUUAUAGCUUUAGAAUUGCAUUGCUUGCGUGAAGGCUUAAAAAGAAAUAGUUUAUAUAAAUUUCGAAAGUAUUUUCGUCUCAAUCAAACUAAUAUUAUUAAACAUUAUUAUUGUAAGUUUUGCACUCGAGAAUUAAGAACGAAAAAUGAUCAAUGUCCAUCAUGUCCUACAAAAAAGAACUCUUAUUUUGUUCAAUUACCUAUUGUAAACCAAUUGAAAGAAAUGUACAUGCGAAACGGAUUUUACAAUCAACUUCAAUGGCGAUUUCAAAGGCCCGUACCUUUCCCGGGCACCAUCACAGAUAUUUAUGAUGGACAAUUAUAUCAAGCAUGGGUCAACAAUGGUUUCUUGUCUAAUUGUCAUAAUAUUUCUUUUAGUUGGUACACUGAUGGCAUACCCGUAUUUAAGUCAUCAAAAAUUAGCAUAUGGCCUGUAUAUUUAACAAUUAAUGAAUUGCCAUUUAAGGAACGUAAAAAAAGAGAAAAUACUCUACUUCUGGGUUAUUGGUUUGACGAUAAAAAACCACAUAUGAAUUUCUUAAUUUACAAGUUUCGAAAAGAACUAGAAAACAUUGCUGAAGGAAUCGAAAUCAAUCUUCCUGAAAAUAAUAAUAUUAUUGUCAGGGGAAUAGCUUUAAUGGGAACUUGUGAUCUCCCAGCUAGAAGUGAAUGUUUAAAUUUUAUACAAUUUAAUGGCGAUUUUGGUUGUCCAUCAUGUCUGUGUAAAGGAGAAAGAGUUCCAAUACUCCCAAAAGGUUUUGUCCACAUAUACUCAUAUGAGAACCAAUUACAAUUAAGAACAUCAGAGCAAUGUAUUGAAUAUGCUAAUCUAGCGACGCCAGAUCAUCCAAUUAUGGGUGUAAAAGGUCAUAAUGCUUUUUCCAAAAUUAUGCCAGACUUUAUUAAAGGUAUUGCUAUAGACCGUAUGCACUGUGCGGAUGGUGGUGUCAUUAAAAAAAUUUUAAAUUUAUUGACUGACGCUAAAUUUAAGAAUAAUGUCUUUUCGUUGUACGCUGUUAUUGAUGAGAUAAAUAAUCGAUUAAUGGCUAUCAAACCACCGAAAUUCGUCCAUCGUAUGCCUCGUUCAAUUGUAGAUUUGAUUCACUGGAAAACGUCAGAACUAAAAAUGUUUUGCUUUUACUAUUCUAUACCGAUCUUUGAAGGAAUCAUGCGUUUAGAUUAUUUUGAACACUUUUUAAGGUUGAUAAUGGCAUUGUCUAUUUUAAGUUCAGACUCUAUUACAGAGUGUAUGAUAGAAAUAGCACGAGAUUUAUUGCAUAGAUUCGUAAGAGAAUUUCAAAUUUUAUAUGGUAUUGAACACUGUUCUAUUAAUUUACAUCAAUUGCUGCAUUUACCCGAUUGUGUACAAAUGCUUGGACCGUUGUGGGCCUAUACAUGUUACGAAUACGAAGAUUUAAAUGGUAAAUUAUUAAAAUUAAUACACGGUACAUGCCAUAUUGAUACUCAAAUAGCACAAUCACAACAUCAAUUUAUAAAAAUGAUGAGAUUUAUAGAAUUAUUACCCGAUGGAGAUGUUCGUAAUUUUUGUUUACGAAAAAAAAAACAAGUAAAGAUAAUAGAGCCAGUGCAUGAACAUUGCUACAGCGUAGGUGUUUAUAAAAAUCUUAACGAAAUACCGGAUAUUGUUUUCGAAGCAAUGCAACAUACUGGUAUAUUAGUUAAUGACAUUACAGUAUGGCAGCUGUAUUUUAGACUUUUAAAAAAUAAUAAAAUAUAUGAAAUGUAUAAGGAAGAUUUGCAAACACAGUCUUCAGUCGUACAAUAUUUGGAAAACGAUCAGGUUAAGUUUGGUGUAAUAUAUUGUUUUAUUAAGUUAUCCCGUUGUAAUUGUAUGCAAGCAAUAUGUGACUGUGCCAGACAGCAUUAUGCUAUUAUUUAUGGAAUUGUUAGCAAUGAACUAUUUGCUGCUCAAGGAAAUCAAUUUAUGUACACCAGUGAAUUAUUUUUACAUAAAUGCCACGAAACGAAUAUUGAAAGAGCUAUUUUAGUAGAAACGCUAAUAACAACUUGUAUUUAUGUAAAAUUACAAGAACAAUCAUACGUUGCUGUGCCAAUUAAUAAUAAAGAACUUGAGUAA